AAAAGACGAGGCAGCGAACAAACCAAAAAUGGAAUUUAUACCGAAGACAUUGGCCGAUUUACACGUCGAUGCAUUACCUACAUCGGAUGCUAUGAACGGUGGGAACUUCUCCUUCCACGGGGCAAGUCGAGCCGGGUCUCCGAUUCAUGGGGAUGGGAAGCGCUCGCAGCUCGAGCUAUUUCCAGCCGGAAACCCGCCACAAUCUGCCAAUGGGCAAGAAACUUCGCCCUUGCCAUCUCCGAGCAAAUCGCCAGCCAGGACUCCGAUGACAAGACAACCUUGCUGUACAGCUUUGUACGAUUUCGAGGCAGAAAAUCCUGGAGAACUCGGCUUUAAAGAAAACGAUACGAUCACUUUGACCAAGAAGAUUGACGAGAACUGGUUCGAGGGUAGCCUGAACGGUCGUACGGGUUAUUUCCCAGUAACUUACGUGCAAGUCGUAGUGCCAUUACCUUAAGGAGACGCGGUGCGUCUCGAAACCAAAGACCCUGCACUCGUUCAUCAACGUUUACCAUGAGAAUUACCUUAAAUUAACAAACAAUUAGCCUAAAAAUCUCUCUUUCAAGAUUACUCUCUUCUCUACUGAAAUCACUUAUUGCGUUAUGGUUCGCUUAUUCGAAACGGAUGAAUCCUCAAGUUCUACUCUAUUCACUUAUUUUAUUUCUUUCCUUUUGUCUCCAGGAAUAGCUCUAUACGCAUGUUAAUGUACAUAUAUAAUGUUAUAGUGUCUUUUAUCGACGUAAGGACCUUCGCGCGCGCAGAUACAUAUAUAUAUAACACAUGACUUACAGUACUACAAUUAAGUAUGAAUACACGUAUACACGUACACGAGAUAUACAUUUACACACAAUAUUAUACAUCAUGAAGUACCUACGAUGGCAGUCCACUGUCAAGAGCGGCUCUUUUCUCACUUUUUAAUGUCGCCUCAUGUGUCAUCGAUUUAAUAUCAUUAAUUUCUCACCAAAGUUUUAUUGCACAAAGACAUCAGAGCGCCAAGACUGCAUUGAAAUUUUUCAAAAUGCUUUUUACCUCAAGUAUUUUCCCGUUCAUUCGAUCAACAAUCAUAUACUCGUUUAGUAGACAUAGAACAAAAUAAUAUUGCCUAUUAAGUGAUGGUUGAUCUGCUCGGAAUCGAUUUUUCAGUCAUAAGUAUUUGAAUCACUCGAUACAUCAUGUUCAUAUUUCAUGAUUUCAUUCAACGUUCAUGUUUUCAUAUAUAUUUAUGUAUAUUUCUUUCCAUACAUUUGUUAUUUGUUCAUCAUGUUCUCAAGUGCAUUGUUCCUAAUAUAAGGAGAGAGAGAGAGAGAGAGAGAGAGAGAGAGAGAGAGAGAUAAUUGAAAUCAUGUCAUCCAUCUUGCGUUGGUCCGCACGGCGCAGCAAAAAAGAAGCCACAUAAUUCGUAUUAUUAAUAUGUAUUCGUAUGUUGUAUAGUAAUUCCUUUUCAUUCCUCUAUCAUUUUUUCAAUGUUUAUCUUGUAUCAUUUGUCAUUUUUUUUUUUAAUCAUUUAGGUGACACCGACUAGAGAGUUAGAAUUUAGUUAAGCGAUCUUCAAAAUGGCGGCGAACCUCUUCCACGAAGUCGUCGAUUAAUAUGUAAUGAAUAAUUAGAGAUAUUCCAUGUUUUCCAUUCUGACUGUUUCGAGUCGUGACGCAGAAUAUGAUUAACUAUGUAUUUCUGUCAGUCAGCAUUUCAAAUUCAUUUAGAACUCGUUUAUUCUGAGCUCCUUCUGUGUUAUAGUCUCAAAUUGUCUUCUUUUUAAGAUUUUAGUUCUUGUCAAGUGUAACUUUUUAGCAAAUUAAUUCGAAUGACUAGUAAAACACGAUACUUUUGGAAGAAAAUAGAUUUUACUUUACUAAGUAUUUUUGAGAUUAGAUAUUUUAAUUUCUAUUCUUCCUGGACUUCGUAUGAGAGUUCAACCGCCAGAACAAUGAAAGUAAUUAAGGAACUUGGUUAUUUGUUGCCACGUGGAUUUUAGGUAAAAGAUCUUCAAACAAAAUAUUUGCUAAGCAUAAUAUUAUAAUAAUGUUAGAGUAUAUAACUUACAUAUUAUAUACAUAUACAAUAUAUAUACAUAUAUGUUGUCGAUGACGGCGACAACAGUGAUGACUACGAUGAUGGCAUUAUUAUUACUGGUACUCGUAUAUUUUUUCAUUUACUGUUACAAUGAAAACAUUUUCCAUUAUGAAAAACGUUCUUGGCCUUACCUUAUAUUUUUAACUGUUCCAAUAGCAGUUUCAUAUAGUUGGUAUUUUAUGAAUUAUAACAGCUCGCUAAGAACAACGAUCCAAUGUGAGUGCGUUUCAUGAUUAAAAAUUUUAUGACUAGGAUCUUUCCUAAUGUAGAGAUUAUAACAGAUUACCAAAUUUCAAAUCUGCAUAUAAUUUUCGAUAGCUUAUGUAAAUUCAUAUUUUUAUGUAUAUAUGGAUGAUAUGAGGACUUCUUUCAUCCCCUAAAUAUUGUAUAAGGUCUGCAAUCUAAUUAUUAACCAUUUAAUGUACAUAUCCGUGAUACACAUUACAUUUAAUUUAACCAAUAUUAAAAUUUAACCUAUAUAAAUUUUUAUAAUAUAACUAAUUUCACUGUUUAUUUUAUAAGCGAAAUGAAAAGAUUAACAAUUAUUACCUGUUGAUCUUUUCCUGAACUCUUUUUAGUUGUCAUGAUGAUAAAAAGGAAAAAGAGAAUCCUAACUUCAAGAAAGAUAUAAAUCAUAAUACAUUUUAUUUCUUGAAGGUACAAGAUAUAAGAAUCGAGAAGAAAUGAAUUGGAACGUUGUUCUUAUGACGUUUAAAAUUCUUAAGAAUGAAACCUAUAGUUUGACUUGCCACGAAAAUGAAAAUCGUUCCGAGUUAUCAGCUGAUGUAUUUUGAAUACCACACUAUUACCGUCAUCAGCGUUCAGUCAUUGCGAAGACGAAACAGAAAGAGAAAAAAAGAAAACGAAGAAGAAGAGACAUUCAUAUAAUUUUAUCUAUUGUAAUUCAUCAUAAGUCGCAUAAAACUUUUUCCGACAAAAAAAAUCGAAGUGUUAUCGAUGUUGUGCAAUAUUAAAAUUUUAACGUCAUGCUGUUUAAGUCACGAUCGCUGGAUCAGUGUUUCUCAAAGGCACGAUUGAAGAAAAGGGAAAAGAUAAAUCUGAUAGUAGAUAAACAAAUGCCUUCGAUGUUAGAUAUCAAUGUUCUUUCGAAUGAAAGCGUAUUCUUAUUACGUAUUUCUUCUUUCGAGCAAUAGAGGAACAAAGCUCUCGUUCUUUGUGAUUUUUGUCUUUGGCAGAGCAAAACGACGCGAAAGAACGUAACAAUUGUAGCGACUAGGUGCCAUACAGAGAAUGUAUUCGUAAUUAUAAUUGUCGAAAAUGUAACAGCUUAUAGCUACAAAACCACAGGUUGUGAUAGCCUUAUGUUCUUUCGAGCGUUAGCCACUGCUAGAGAAUUUCGUCAAUUAAUAAAAAUACGUGAAUUAGUGAGGCGUGAGUUUCAUCUUCCAAGCGUUGUCGAGAAUCGUUGAGAGAUAUAUAGUUAGAUAAAAUCAUGAUUGAGAAGGUUGGGAAUCCUGUAACUUGCGUCCACAUGCAAAUGAUAGCAAUAUAAGUAUCCUCCUGGAACGAGAGACAUAUCAUCGAGGUUAUCUUUUUGCGGUUUGAGAAACACUGCACUGGUACAUACAUACAUAUGUACGUUUAAAAAAAGAAUAUCAUGAGGGAUUUAUUCUCGUUGAGUGAUAAUUAUUGUUGCCCUCGCGGACCUAUAACAACAAUCUCUGUCAACUGGGAAUUAUAAUACGAUCGACGAUCGUCGAGAAAAAUAAAAGGAGAACGAGAUGAAACGAUCUAUGAAUAACUAAAAAUGACGGAUCGGUAUCUUACUCUAUAAAUGUUGGCUAUUGUUAAAUGUUGAAUAUUGUUCUGCGGAGGGCUUGCCUCUUUUUCGAACGAUGGAGCACGCUCGAAGCUUCGAAUCGACUGUUCAUUUUAAAGAAUUAUUUUAGUAGUUUUAUAGUGAUUAUUAGACUGCGAAUAUUUAUGUAUUGAAUAUAUAUUAUAUAUUUAUGGAAAUCUCAGAGUGCAAAAUUACAUAUAAUAUUCGAAGUAUAGUGAAACAGAUCUUUGCUUAGAUUUCAUUUUCUUAAUUAAUUUAAAAAGAGUGUAAAUGCUUGCAGUCUAGUAAUCGUUAUUCUUGUUUUUCCUUUUUUUACCUUUCUUAAUGGCAACGAAGAAGCAUUAUAUAUAUAUAAGUACAUAUGUAUGCGUAUGUUUACUAGGUUAUAUUUCUUAUAGAAAUGCGUUAUUUGUAAUAUGUAUAUAUAGGUAGAUUUACUAUUUUAGGGUGUUCUGAAAAUUCGUAACGAAAGUUAAGAAAGAUUUAACUGGAAUUGGAAUUUUCGCUAUCUAUAAUUUCACGAAUUUAUUUUUAAAAAAUUAUCUCUUCGGUAAUGGGUUUCCUCAAAUAGGUUUUACCGCCUUCUAGAGUAUUUCACUUUUUUAUCUUUCGAAUAAGCUUUACAAAGAGCGCAAUAAAUAACAAUGAGACUAUACUAUAUUCAGUGAAUGAGACAAAGGUGAAUCUAUCAAUUACGACUCAAAAUUUCUUGAAUGCAUGAGAUUCAACAUCGUUUCAAUGAAAAAAGCAAACUUAUGUUAUUAACGAAUUUUCGGUGUUCCUCCUUAAUUCUCUCUAGUAUUCAACUUAGAGCAGCGAACGUUUCAUUAUUCAAUAGAAAUUUAUAAUAAAAAUGCUACGAACUUUUUGAAAAAAAGACAUUAUUUCAAGUAGUGUAUUUUAUGCAGAAGUUAAUUUAUUUUCGAACGCAUAAAUUUCGUUCGAAACGACAAGCUCUCCGCAUUUUAAUUGUAAUCUAACUAUUUCGGGGUCGGGCCGACAUUGAAUUUAUCGCCCCCCGCAGUCACUGAGCAUCCUUGGUCUGGAAAACUCGAAUUACAGACGCUAUCCUUUUUUCCUCCUAUCUUGUAUAGUUUAGUUUUUCAUCGUUCUUCUAUAACCCACGGUUCUUUAUUCGAAACUCUUCCUUUCGAAUUUCUCGUGAUUCUGGUCCACUUAUAUUUUGUAAGCGUCGAAAUGUUCGGAAUUCAUCGAGAAACACGAAAGGAAGCGGGAUAUUUUUCUUCCUUUGUUCUUUUUGUAGGUUAUGUUUUUUUAAGUUUCUUGUCUCUGAUCUCGUUUUCUUGUUAAUUUGUUUGGUUGUCCUUGACGAAGUGCGAAGAGACGACCAGUGGAUGCAACGCAGUGAUACUUUCAGACAAUACAUUACAAUUAAUUACACUUAUAUUAAUAAAUUAAUCUAUUAUGAUUAUUGAACUUCGAUCGAAGAGGAAUAUACGAUAUGUACUCGAUUUCGAUCAAUGCUAAAUAAUUAUUAUCACUAAUUAAGAAAUAAAGUGUGCUCUAUGUCAUGCUA